AUGGGGUCUGUUUCAAGCCCCGCAGAGGCCGUUGCCAGAAUAGCCUACCUCGCCAGCGACGUGGUUCUCUCUGUCCAGCCCUCGCUGAGCACCGACUCCGAGUUCUCACACCACUUGGGUCGAUUUGCAGCCGCCAACGCGAAGAGCUUCGUCUCGAAGACCGUCCCCGAGAUCAUCCCAGUCCGCCAGAAUGCCGACCCUCUGCUCUCAGCAUUUACGCCUCUCAAGGCUGGCAAGCUCGUCGCGGCCACUGCUCCCUCCUCGAUCCUCCUGAGCGCGGUCCCUCAUCUUUAUAAACUCGCCCAGUAUCCUUUCGUCCUCCAUGUCGCACUUGCUUCCCCUCAACCAGACUUCUCCGAGAUUAGCUCCAUCCGACAAUGUGGCUUCUCGUUUCUUCAGUCGGAGACUCUACAGGAAUCCCAGGACAUCGCCUUGACAGCGCAUGCUUUGGCAAUCAAGAGUGGCAAAGGUGUUAUACAUUUCUACGACCCUAGCAAUUCGGCUGAGGACAGUCCCAUCUCUGUUGAGAGCCGGGAUCUGGUCCAGACUUUGCUUGAGACGGGUGCAGGUGCCAGGGCGUCCCAUUCGGGCUCAGAGGAGCAGACGCUUUAUGCGAGCUCAGGAAGACUCGCAACAGUGACCGAUCUCGGACUGCCAACCGUACCGGCGACGCAGACUGGCGCAGCCUCGAGAGAUCUACUGUCCCAUGUAGCGGCAGCUUCAUCCACCAACGGCACCACCGAUGUAUCUUCGUCCACUUCCUCGAGACGAGACAGCUCCGCCGAAAGUUCAGUGGCCUCUUCUGUGGCCACUACCGUCGAAACCCCCGUCAUACGCCCAGUCAGCGCCACAGAUAUAUUCACAUACGUCAGUGAUAUCUGGGCGGUCAUCUCUCAAGCUACCGGUCGAAGCUACUCUGCUGUCGAAUACUCUGGCCCACCGGAUGCUGAAGCCGCUCUUUUCAUCUUUGGUUCAACGGGUGUCUUUGUCGACGUUCUCGACUCUGAUGACGUCCCUGCUGAUUUGACCAACGUAGGACUGAUCACUGCCCGCCUAUAUCGACCGUGGCUUGGAAGUGCGGUCUUACUUGACUCUAUCCCAAGGUCAAUCAAGAAGAUUGCGGUAUUGGAACAAAUCAGAAGAAAAACUACAAGGUGGGGUCCUUCCUUCCUUGACCUUCUAUCGAGCUUGAGCCCUGGAGCUGGAGGCCAGAGUAACAUUUCCCUUGUCCAAUAUCGACUUGGCCACAUCGACGCAGCUACUGCUCUGCAAGCUCUCCGAGGGAUAUUCCAGAACUUAGCACCUCCCACAACACCGCGGAAGCAUUCUCGACGACGCGGUCACUCGCAAGGCAACUUUGUCUCGAUUCAGAAUCUCAGUAUUGGAAAUGAAGUCCAGCCUACGAUUGAUAGUUUUGUGCCUGAACAACCCCAGCUCGAGAACGCUUAUCUCAAGAUCCUUGAUCAACUCUUCGGCAAUAGACUAUACAUUGCGAACCAGCUCAAGCAGAAGAACGCGGGUGUGUCUGCAACUUUAGCAGCGUCCCCCGAGUAUGGAUUUGGAUCUCUUCUUGCCAGAAUUGAAAGACGAGAGCAGUUUGUCAAGGAGGCCCAGCAAGCUGCCAGAAGCAAUGAGUUCAUCACAGAAUCUCCCAAGCAGUGGCUAUCAAGAUGGGCUCUGAAUGCCAAUGAUUCCGCAAAAGCCAAUGAAUACGCAUCAGAAGUCCUCGCUCGCUUGGCCAACGAUGGUUCCAGUCUCUCCACGAGAUUGCUCGAUAAUAAGUCUUUCUUCUUCAAGGAGUCUCAGUGGCUCAUCGGGUCCGAUGCAUGGGCGUACGAUCUCGGCAACUCAGGCGUUCAUCAUGUCCUCGCAUCUGGCGCCAACGUGAAUAUGCUCAUCAUCGAUUCUGAGCCAUACUCGGAGAGAGCUCAAGCAGACUCGAACAGACGCAAGAAGGAUAUCGGUUUGUACGCCAUGAACUUCGGCAAUGCCUACGUUGCCUCAGUCGCUGUGUACAGUUCAUACACUCAAGUUCUCCAAGCUAUGAUAGAGGCCGAGAAGUAUGACGGCCCCUCGGUAGUUCUUGCCUAUCUUCCCUACAACAAGGAGAACGAUUCACCGUUGACCGUGUUGCAAGAGACGAAGAAGGCUGUGGACUUGGGUUACUGGCCCUUGUACAGAUGGGAUCCAUCAAACGAAGUCAAGGGAGAGCCCUCGUUCUCCCUGGACUCUGAGCGUAUCAAGCGCGAGUUGGAGGAUUUCCUCCGACGAGACAAUCAGCUUACCCAGGUCAUGAAUAGACAUCCUCAGUUUGCGGCGAACCUCUCCGAGUCGUAUGGCUCCGAAGUGCGGAAGCUACAGAAGCGUAAGGCCAAGGAUGCCUAUGAGCAGAUGUUGGAAGGUCUCUACGGAGCGCCGCUGACCAUCUUAUUUGCCUCUGAUAAUGGUAAUGCAGAGAGUUUGGCGAAGAGGCUAGGAAAUCGUGGUAAGGCUCGUGGUCUAAAGACCAUGGUUCUUGCCAUGGAUGAUUAUCCUCUGGAAGAUCUUCCUAACGAGGAGAAUGUGGUCCUUAUCACGAGUACGGCGGGGCAGGGUGAAUUUCCCCAGAACGGUCGUGCUUUCUGGGAAGGCAUCAAGGAUGCAGCAGACUUGGACCUCUCCAACGUCCACUUCUCGGUGUUUUCUCUUGGAGACAGCCAUUACUGGCCUCGGAAGGAGGACAGAAUCUUCUACAAUAAACCUGGAAAGGACCUGGACUCACGAAUCCAAUUCCUUGGAGGGAAGGUCCUGACAGCUAUCGGGCUUGGUGACGACCAAGACCCAGAUGGUUAUCAGACAGGCUAUCAAGAGUGGGAACCAAGACUCUGGCAAGCUUUGGACGUCGCAAAUGUCGAAGGACUUCCCGAGGAACCACCGCCUUUGACGAACGAAGAUAUCAAGAUUGCCUCGAACUACCUGCGAGGCACGAUCGCUGAAGGUCUUGCAGAUACCUCCACCGGCGCCAUCUCAGCUUCAGAUCAGCAGCUGACCAAGUUCCACGGCACUUACAUGCAAGAUGACCGCGAUCUCCGAGACGAGCGAAAAGCACAAGGCCUCGAACCUGCUUAUUCGUUCAUGAUUCGAUGCCGACUUCCUGGUGGUGUCGCCACUCCUUCACAGUGGCUUCAAAUGGAUGCUAUCGCUUCUGCCCAUGGUAAUGAGACGAUGAAGUUGACCACUCGCCAGACCUUCCAGUUCCACGGCGUCAUCAAGUCCAAGCUCCGUCCUGCGAUGCGUGCCAUCAACAGAGCACUUAUGACGACUAUCGCCGCUUGCGGUGACAUCAACCGUAAUGUCAUGUGCUCCAGUCUUCCUACCAUGUCUGAGUAUCACCGGGAAGUGCAUGCCGUCUCCAAGAAGAUCUCGGACCACCUUCUUCCGUCCACAACAGCAUAUCACGAGAUCUGGCUCAAGGACGACGCCACUGGCGAGAAGACCCAGGUGGCUGGUGAUGCGGUCCAAGACUUUGAGCCUCUCUACGGACCCACGUACCUGCCACGUAAAUUCAAGAUCACCAUCGCCAUUCCUCCACAUAACGAUACAGAUGUUUACGCCCACGAUGUCGGUCUUAUCGCCAUUCGCACCAAGGAUAAUCAACACCUUGAGGGAUUCAAUAUCCUCGCUGGAGGCGGCAUGGGUGUCACACACAACAACAAGAAGACUUAUCCACGAACGGGUUACAUGAUGGGCUACGUUCCUGCAGACAAGGCGCACUUGGUGUGUGAGAAGAUCAUGUUGGUCCAGCGUGACAAUGGCGAUCGCAAGAACCGCAAGCACGCUCGUCUGAAGUACACCAUGGACGAUAUGGGCAACGAAGUGUUCAAAUCCAAGGUCCAGGAGCUUCUCGACCCGUUGGGAAUCAAAUUCGAGACGCCCCGCCCAUUCAAGUUCGACAGCAACGUUGACACUUUCGGAUGGCAGCGUGACGAAAAGGGACUGAAUCAUUUCACCUUCUUCAUUGAGAACGGUCGUAUUGAAGACACGGCCGAUUUCCCAAUGCGCAGUGGUCUAGUCGAGAUUGCAAAGGUGCACGAAGGCGAAUUCCGACUCACCGGCAACCAACAUCUCAUCUUGUCCAAUGUGACCGACGAAGCGAAGCCCAAGAUCGCCGCGUUGAUGAAGAAGUACAAGCUCGACAACACACAGUUCAGCGCCCUGAGACUCAGUUCCUCGGCGUGUGUGGCUUUCCCAACAUGUGGUCUUGCCAUGGCCGAGUCGGAACGAUACCUGCCUGAGCUGAUCACCAAACUCGAAGGAUGUCUGGAAGAGAAUGGUCUUUCGCAAGAUAGCAUCGUCAUGCGUAUGACGGGUUGUCCGAACGGAUGCGCGCGACCGUGGCUGGCGGAGGCUGCAUUCGUGGGAAAGGCGUAUGGCGCGUACAACAUGUACCUCGGUGGUGGAUAUCAUGGACAGAGGCUGAACAAGCUCUACCGAAGCAGCAUCAAGGAAGAUGAAAUUUUGGAAAUCAUGAAGGGCCUGUUGAGUCGGUGGGCCAAGGAGCGAAACCAAGGAGAACACUUUGGCGAUUGGACGAUUCGUGCCGGUGUGAUCAACGAGACUACCGAGGGCAAGUAUUUCCACGAGAAUACCGCCGAGGUGGAAAGCGAUGGAGAGUGA